AUAUGAUUUAUUUUUGGUGUUUUGAGUCCAUCACAUCCACCAAUUGCAUUACUAUUAAUAAUUAAAUAUUUAAAAUGUAAUUUCAGUGUGUGCAAUCAGCACAAUGCAGCCAUUUUAUGAUUUUAAUUUCCUACAAUAUUUUAGGCGUUUUAUUUAUUUUUAUGGACUCCUUACUCUUUCUUUUCUCGGCGUCGCUCAUCCUCUCUUGGUGCUCUUGCACCUUGUAAAAUAAUCAGAUUACUGUCAUGGCCACCUGUUGCUGUGAAGACCCUCCUGCUUGCAGCUUUAGCAUGCUGCUAACAAGAGCGGUUAGCCACUGUAUAGCUUCCAGAUGGAGAGCACCUUCUGUUGUCCUGCUCCAUUAAAUCCAGUACGGCUUUACUUCAUUCUAAAUUCAAUUGGCGUAAUGGUAUGAACUCAGGGUGGGCGAUACUUCAAAUGUUGGUAUCAAUUCGAUACCAAGUAAAUACCGGACUAGUAUUGCCUAUAUCCUUACAGAUACUAUUGGUAUGGAUACAAUCGCUAUUUGAUCGAUCUGCCCACCCCUAAUUUUGCUUUAUGCACCUUCUGCAUAUGCCUGAAUGCUAAUUAUGUUCUUCUUUUCAGUCACUAGAGGAAGACUUCCCCUGAUCAGCAUGGCAUGGUUUACUGUACAUGUAUGAUUGGCAAGUUGCUGUGUGGGAGUCCUGGUAGCUCACUGGUUACCAUGGGCUUGAUUCUGCUACUCAGCAUCGUCAUUAUUGCAUUUGGAGCGUCUUUUGGUAUCCGCAGAUGUUAUGUGAUGACCCUUCAAUGGAUGUUUGAGAGGGGCGCCAAGGAAACGCAUCUCUUCGACAAAGCAUACAGCAAUGUUGGUAUCAUUGCCAAAGAGUCGUCUUUCCAGCAGGACAUCCAGCAACCGAGGGCCUCCGCCGGCUCACCCGAGUUCAAGAUGGCCGACGUCCUCUCCUUCUGUCGCCGAGGCGUGGAGAGCAUCGUGGAUGACGACGUCACCAAGCGCUUCUCGGCCCAGGAGCUGGACACCUGGAACCUGUUGACCAGGAGCAGCUACAACUUCCACAACUUCAGCAUGAGACUCAGCGUCCUUUGGGGUGUCGGCAUCUUCGUCCGCUACGGUAUCCUGCUGCCUCUGAGGUUGACUCUCGCAGUGGCUGGCAUUAAUCUGCUCUUUCUGUUCACCGCCAUGGUGGCCUGUUUACCAAACAGAGAGUUGAGGGUCUACCUGACUGAGAAGGUCCAUGCGAUGUGUUACCACUUCUGUGCUAGAUCCAUUACAGCCAUUGUCACCUAUCAUAACAGAGAGAACAAACCAAGGGGUGGCAGUAUUUGUGUAGCCAAUCAUACAACACCCAUUGAUGUCAUCAUCUUGGCCAAUGAUGGAUGCUACUCCCUGGUUGGACAGCUACAUGGUGGACUGAUGGGAAUGAUCCAGAAAGCCAUGGUUAGAUCCUCGCCACACAUCUGGUUUGACAGAGCGCAAAUGAAAGACAGACAUCUAGUGGCCAAAAGGCUGGGAGAGCAUGUUGCUGACAAAACCAAACAGCCCAUCCUUAUCUUCCCCGAGGGAACAUGCAUCAACAACACAUCCGUGAUGAUGUUCAAAAAGGGCAGCUUUGAAAUAGGCUGUACUGUCUAUCCGGUGGCUAUCAAGGCCGGUUUAUUUUCUGGUUCUUUUUGCACCCAGCCCGUGCUUAACAUCACACCAAGUAACACCAAUGCAUGCAUUCCGCAGUAUGAUCCUCGCUUUGGGGACGCCUUCUGGAACAGCAGUAAGUUUGGUUUGGUCAGCUAUCUGCUGAGGAUGAUGAGCAGCUGGGCCAUUGUGUGCAGUGUGUGGUACCUGCCGCCUAUGAACAGACAGGAAGAGGAAGAUGCAGUGCAGUUCGCCAAUAGAGUGAAAGCCGCCAUCGCUGCACAAGGAGGAUUAGAAGAUCUCAUUUGGUGGGGACGGGGGUCUUAAACGAGCCAAAGUGAAGGACACUUUCAGAGAAGAACAACAACAACUUUACAGCAAAGUCCUUGCUGGUGAGGAGAAGGAAAGACAUGAAGAAAAGGAGAAUUAUACAAAUUAAUAUUAAAGUUAUGUUUAAAAAAAAAA